AUGGCAACUACAAAGAAGAGAAAAGUUGAUGCAGAGCGUCGAUCUUUCCAAGAGAAAUGGACAAAUGAUUAUUUUUUUGUUGAAGUCCAAGGCAAACCUGUGUGCCUAGUUUGUGGCGAUAUGUUAGCAGUAAUGGAACAAGCCAGUCUGGAGCGUCAUUAUAGCUCAAAACAUGCUAAACUCAGUGAAUUGGGAGGCCAAAUGCGUCUGGAUAAAAUCAAUGCUCUUCAGCGGAGUUUGGAAUUACAACAAGCUGCUUUCACUAAGCCUGGUUGUGACAGAGACAAUGUUAUUCAGACGAGUUAUGUAGUGAGCGAGCUAAUAGCAAAGAAGCUGAGGCCUCAUGUAGAGGGAGAGUUUGUGAAAGAGUGCAUGGUGGCUGCUGCAGAGUUGUUAGCACCAGACAAGGUAAAAUUGUUUCAAAGUGUUAGUUUGUCUCGGAGAACUGUCUCAGAUCGGAUUACUGAUUUAGCACAAGAUAUUGAAAUGACAUUGAAGAAUUCUGCAGGAGAUUUCCAGUUUUUCUCUCUGGCUUGUGAUGAGACAACGGACAUAACAAAUACUUCCCAACUGGCUAUUUUUGUUCGUGGGAUAACUGCAGAGUUUGACACGCGAGAGGAACUGCUGUCACUGGAAGCCAUGCAUGGCACUACAAGAGGGGAGGAUUUGUUUGAGAGACUUGUUUUAUCAAUGAAAAAAUUUGAGCUAACCUUUGAAAAGUUAAGUGGUCUUAUUACUGAUGGAGCUCCAGCAAUGGUUGACUCGCAAAAAGGGUUAAUUUCAUUGGUCAAGAAAGAACUGAAUCGUCUUAGUCUUGACCCAAGUAAUUUAAUUAUAUGCCACUGCAUCAUACACCAAGAAAGUCUCUGUGCACAGUCAUUGCGGCUUAACAGUGUAAUGUCAACAGUAGUGUCAUGCAUAAAUUUUGUCAAAAGCAGAGGGCUUAACAGCCGCCAGUUUAAGGAGUUACUGAAUGAUCUUCACUCUGAGUACGGUGAUCUUGUUUAUAACUGUGAAGUGCGGUGGCUGAGUCACAGGAACAUGCUCCUGAGGUUUUAUGAACUGCGGGAUGAAGUCAGGCAGUUCAUGGAGAUGAAGGGAAAACCCGUCAGGGAACUCAUUGACAGCAAGUGGCUGUGCGAUCUAGCAUUCAUGGUGGAUAUUACCAACUACCUCUCAGAGUUGAACGUCAAGUUACAGGGCCCCAACCAGCUUCUCAGCACACUGCUUUCAAAGGUGAUAUCAUUUGAAGCUAAAUUAAGGCUGUGGAAAGUGCAACUGGAAAGGAAUAACACAAUGCAUUUCCCCACUCUGGAAGGACAAAAGCCUUCUACAACACUUGAAUAUGCUAGUGAAUGUGCAAAACUAAUUGAGGCAUUUAAUGAAAGAUUCAAGGACGUGAAAAGUAAACAAAUGGAAUUGGACAUCUUUGCUACACCAUUCAAUGUAGAACCAGCUGAUGUGCCCGAUAACCUACGACACGAAAUCUUUCAGCUGCAAAGCAAUGAUGAGCUGAAAGCUAGGUACAACAAUGUCCCACUGCUUGAGUUCUACAAACGUUACAUAAGUAACAAUGAAUUUCCCACUUUGAGGAGACAUGCUUUGAAAUAUGCAUCUCUGUUUGGAACAACUUACUGCUGCGAGCAGUUCUUUUCAAAACUUACCAUAACAAAGAGUCGAUUGCGCUCCAGACUGAUCUACACAAACCUGGAAAAGCAGUUGCGAGUAGCAACUUCAUCUAUACCAGCUAACAUCACACGCCUCACCCAGGAGAAGCAGUUUCAGCCAUCACAUUAG